AUGGCGAACGCUAAUCUACUUUACGCGAACUUCAACCAGGACUACUCAUGCGUUUCGGUUGGAACGCGGAAGGGAUACAGCAUUACGAAUUGCGAGCCAUUUGGAAGGGUCUACACUAUGAACAACGGCGCGCGCGGUAUAGUUGAGAUGCUAUUUUGCACUUCUCUUCUCGCCCUGGUUGGGGUCGCAGACGUGUUAGGAUCCAGCCCUCGAAAGCUGCAGAUAGUCAAUACUAAGCGACAAACCAUGAUCUGCGAGCUCCUUUUCCCCUCGUCAAUCCUCGCCGUCAAAAUGAACCGAAGGGCACUCGUUGUCGUCCUGGAGACGGAGAUAUACAUAUACGACAUAAGUAACAUGCGGUUGCUGCACGUAAUCGAGACGACUGCGAAUCCGGAAGCGAUCUGUGCUCUUUCCCCGAAUGUGGAGGCGUCAUAUCUCGCUUAUCCAUCGCAAGUACCGUCGCCAAAUUCUCCGCUAUCUGCGUACCCUGGCUCCGACACGGCCGCAGCAUCUUCAGCGGCCACCCCUCAGUCCAACGGCGACGUGACCAUAUUCUCAACCACAUCCCUCACCACAGCAAAUAUAAUACCAUCCGCCCACAAGUCUCCCCUAUCCAUCGUCCAAAUCUCCCAGAACGGAUCGUUGCUAGCCACCGCCUCGGUCAAGGGCACGGUGAUCCGCGUAUGGAGUGUGCCGAAAGCGGAGAAGUUGUAUCAGUUCAGGCGGGGGUCAAGGGAGGCGAGGAUAUACAGCAUCGCGUUCAACUCUGUGGGCUCGCUCAUGGCCGUCAGCUCGGCCAAUGAGACGGUUCAUCUAUUUAAAUUGGGACGUGGCCAAGACGCGCCGAAGGCUGCUUCGGAGGCGACGCCCGUCAGCCAAACGGGGUCGAACGAAAGUCAUGGCGGGCCUCUAGAAGGUGGUUACGAGGCCAAGAAGGGCAGUAGCAGCGGCGUCUCGUCGUCCCUACGGCGGAAAUCGAUGCAACUGUCCAAGACGCUGACGCACUCCGUUGGCGGUUACCUGCCUAAUACCGUGACGGAGAUGUGGGAUCCGUCGCGCGACUUCGCGUGGCUGCGGCUGCCCAGUAGCCCGCUCGGAGUAAGGUCUAUUGUUGGGUUGAGCGGUACUAUGCCCCAGAUCAUGGUCGUCUCCUCAGAAGGCUACUUCUACGCUUACAGCAUCGAUCUAGAAAAGGGGGGCGAGUGUGCGCUCAUGAAGCAGUUUAGUUUGCUGGAGUCGGGGGACGAGAGCUCGAGUGUCAGUAUCACAGACUGA